AUGGCAACAACAGUUGAAGCUGAUAGAACAUUGUCGAAUGUAAGCUUGAACGAGAGAGGUUUAAGUGGAUCCGAGCGAAUCUUUCAUGGUGUAACGCAUAAACCACAACUAUUUGCAUUUCUAUACAAUAAACGUAAUGCAAAUUUGAAUAAUUUACUUCCAACAAUGGAAUUAAAGACCAGUCGAGAACAGGCAAUUCGAACACCAAAUAAGGAAGACGAUACACAGUGGUUAAUGUAUUGGACAGUUUUUGCUACAUUUUCCAUAGUUGAUUCUAUGAUAUCCGGGAUUACAAAUUCUUUUCCUACAUAUUGGUUAUUUAAGGCGGCAUUCUUACUUUAUCUUUAUGUUCCUAGCAGUAAUGGAACACAAAUGUUAUUCGAUAAUAUCGUCAAUCCAGCAAUUACAGCAAUUGACGAUUUCAUUAGCAUUUAUGAGAGGAAGCAAUUCCAUGAGUUAAACAAUAAUCAUCAAUUAUCGAAUAAUUUAAACGAAUAUGGUACAUAUAAUAAAAUUAAAAAAUAA